GGGGAGAGAGAACGGAUGGGAUGGUGUCGGUGCCUAUCGUCGUACCCAGCAGGCCCCGCACGGGAAAUGGCGCUUUCUCUAGUAUUGCGUACCUAUAGAUGAGAGAGUGCCCGCCUCGCUUCAUGCCAGAGAGUUCUUUGGCGCGCGUGUGUGUGCGGCAGGGCGGGGUGUUUGUCUUUUUCUCUCCGGAACGUGCAGCAGGCUGCGAGCUCUUCUGUCUUUGGUGCUCGACAGUCCUGCUCGUGUGCCAGUCUGCUGCUGAAUCCGUGACCCGGCGGCUGAAGACGUGGUCAAGCCAACACACGUGUUGGAUUGUAAUUUGUUGGGCUUUGCGCGUGCUUGUUGUGACAGACAACAGAACGGUAAACUAGUCAAGUUCAGGUGCAAAACUGUUAAUACUAAAAGUGUCUUUAUUUUGUUUACAGGAAAAGACAAUUAAGUAUUUAAUAUAAGAGGAAAAGUGUGAAAAAAGACAAAAUAUCCGUUUGCAAAAAAAAAAAAAAAAAAAAAAUUAUGAAUUCGUGCUGAGAUAACUUAGGUUCUGUCCACGAGCUUUCACGGAGUAGCGACAAAUCAUCGACACCUUCAUCGUUACAUCAGGCAUGGGCGAUAACUUAUUUGAGACAUAAAAACCGCCCUCCCUACACUCAGCCUCGAGCAGUAGCUUCGUACCGCUGCUAACGGGACUAACACCAAUGGAGCCUUCACCUUACGACAACGUGGAGUUCGGCCCAGUGGGCCGCAAGUCAGGCACCGGGACAUGGCCAGGGCCCCAAGGGACCCAGAGCACGACGACGACAACAACGACGCAGCAGGCUUCUCGCUUCAGUCCGCAGCAACAGCUGCUGCAGGCCAAAGAUCGGACAGGACUGGUCGGUGCGAAACUCGAACCGCUGGAGGAAACGGUAGAGACGGCGGAAUCCCACGAUCAGCGCAUGCAGGCCGUUAAACAACAGGCUUCCUCCAUCGUUUCUCCUUCGUCGUCUUCUCAGUCAUCAUAUUUUCAUCGCGGUGGUACUGGCCUCGGCGUCGGUGGUGGUGCAGUUGCUGGUGGUGGUAGUGACGGAGGAGGAGUGAAAACGGCCAACAACGCGGUGCAGCUUCUGUCAAUGUCUGCUGCGCCCACCAGCAGCACGUCAUCAUCGGUAAAACCGUCUUCGGCUUCAACAACAACGACGACAAUGUCUUCAGGUCUCAAAACCACCAUCAAUCCUGCAGCCGAACAACCGAAAUCCACGUCGAAUGCAGUGAACGCUCCAACAUACGUCCUGACGCAGGUCGGCGAGGUGAAGGACAAGACCGCCAUCCGCAACGGCGACGACGACGACGAGUUCAAGCGCCAUGACCUAGACCCACCUUCGCGAGCAGCCUUAGAAACCGCAUAUAAGAUGCAGAGAGAGUUCUACAGGCUCAAUUCUCGCAUUCUGGAUGAAGGCACACUGCUGAAACAAGAUGUUAUGGACAUCUACCGCAAAGCUGGAGAAACAUUCUCUUACGAGCAGUUGCUGCAAGGGAUGCUUGAAGACGGGGAAAUGCUGCUCCUAGGCGGAUGCUGGCUGCACUACAUGCACGUCGAGUUCAAAGAUGAGACAGGGGAGAAAACCGUGAGACAGCCAUAUGGGAAAGGGCGGCUGUGUCUGACAAACAACCGUGUUCUUCUGCUGUCAGCUGAGAUUUAUUCAGAUGCAAGUCUUGAACCAUAUGGAGACCCCCAAAAGAAGGGUGGCUACAAGCUUGAGGUAUCAAAACGCAAUGCCAUCAUCUUCCGCAACAUACCACUAUCGUGUUUCUACAGUGCUGAGCUUGAGGUCAAUGUGGGCACAUCUGCGCAGACCAAAAUCACAGCACGACGGCGGCCUUGCUGUUGGAGUGCUUGCACUUGUUGCUUCAGUAGCUGGACCUCGACUCCCCCCAUGACUCGCUCUUUCAAUGAGCGAGUUGUUCGCAUGGGGGUGGCUUUGCCUCCCUGGGGCACACAUGGUUUUAUUGUAGUUCAUCUUGAUCCUGGACAGUCACUGACUACUGCACGAGACUUUGUUGCACAGCUGCAUCAGCACUCACCACACAUGCACUGAGUUGCUGCCCAUGGACAGUGUGGUUAAGUGGCAAGACCAGAGCAAAGUGAUGUUGACAGUAAAUUUCUUAAAGAAUUAGAGAUUUGUGAUGCUGAUGCAAAUAGAUCUUGCUUGGGUUGAUUUUUAUGCUGUAGACUGGUGUGUCAUCUCUUCAUAGUGAUGAUGCCAAUAGACCACUUUGUUUUCAUAUAAAUAAAAAAAACAUGCAUGGCUUUUGUAAAGAUUUUGCAUACCAAGUUUUAGAAAUCUUAAUGUCAUUUCUCAAGCUUGGACAAAAGGGCAUGCUCUUAAACCAGUGUUAAUAGUGUGCUAUAUGCAGCAGGAAUUGUAAAACCAUUUCACACAGUUAUUUACAUUUUUGACAUGUGAUUGCAAAUAUAUUUAUGUUUUUGUAGCAUCUUUGCUUGUUGCAGCAUGCCAUGGGGGUAUAUACAUGUGCCAAAUAUGUUUUGCACACAACACUUCCACUUUGACAAAUGUAAAGUUUUUUAAUCAAUGGAUAAAAACAGCCAACACAUAUGCAUAUUAAAUGAACAAAAUAACUAAUUUGAAUCACACUGGUUUAACCGUGUCUUUCAUACUGUGAAAAAAAUGUAACUCUUCUUUUCAUGAUUAUCAUGAACAUCAAAUGUUGUAAUUCUUGUAGUAGAGUAUUUGUCAUUAGGAGGAUAAAGAUGGAUGAUUAGUAAUUGUCACAUUCUCUGAUUAUCCAGCUUAAUAAGUGUGCAAUUCCACAGGAUUUACUUUGCUCUUAGCCCCUCAUUUUGCACAGUCAUGGUUUUUUCCUGUCAGGUGAGGCAGUCAAGUUUUUUGUGCUGAUGUGAUAGACGCACACACAGUGAGACACACCUAGAAAGAUUUUACAAUUUGAUUUUUGUAUAGUCAUAUAAAUAAAGCCAUAGCAAGCUUUUUCUUAUGUGUAUUCUGAAAGUUCAAUGGUUAAGUUGACCAUUUGAUGAUUUGACCACUACAUCUAUGCUCUAUUCAACCAUUAGUAUAACAGAUCAUAAUCAUAGUAUCCUUUAUCUCAACCUUGAUUUAAAAAAAAAAAGAUUUCUUUGCACCUUUGGUAGCUUUUUUCAGACUUGAGCUUCAUUAUUAUCGUUAUUGGUUGACCAUGUGUCAAUCUGUUCUCAUUCAUACUGUGUGUAUGUGAGAGAGAGAAAAAAAAUUGUAAAACACAAAAAGAGCAGCAUGAUGCUCUCGUCUAGAAAUUUUAACUUCCAAGUGGAGACUGUGUUGUUAGGUGCAAAAAAGGUGAUGCUGAUACCUUGACAAGGCAGUGAGCAUUGCAGCGAGAUUCCAGAUGUGCUUGUCCAGGAAACUCUUUGCAGAAUUUCAAAUGCAUUUCCAAGAUGACAAUUUUUCUAUGCAGCGAAGUAGUAAAUAGUGGUCUUAGGGUUGUGUACUUUUGAUUUUGUGUUUUUGAUAUUAUUUCAUAAUUUUAAAUUUUUUUUAGGCAAAAUUGAAAAUGCUGUGGGUGUGUGCUUGUGUUUAUUCACAAGUGCCUUGACAGGGUUGUUAAUUUGAUGGCACAAUGGCUAAAGCACCUGUCACCGGGAAUCAGGUGUUGUGGGUUCAUAUUUUGUCUCUGACAUACCUCACAGAAUGUGACACCUGACACCUGACAUCAGUGGUUUUCUCCGGGUCUUUGCUUUCCUCCACCCUGAGUUUUUAUGUCUGAGAGAAGGACUGAGUGAGUAGUUAAGAUCUGAAUGAUGUUUAAUAAAUUUGCGUGAUUUGUUUGAUCCUAUUGAUAAUUACACUUAAGUGUGUGCUUGUACAACUUCGUGUAAACACCUCAAGCCCACCUAUGUUGGUGAGGUAAAGCUCUCCAUAAGUAAACGUUUCUUAAUUUAUACAUUUAUUAUAAUAAUAAAUGUGUGUGCUUUAUAAAUCCACUUCGUUAUUGUGCAUUAUUUAUGCUGAUGGUAUAUUAAAUCUUAUAGUGUUUCUUUUGCAAUGCUUACAUCAUUUGUCAAUUGAAAUUCUUAAUUCUUACCAGGUCUAAUAUAGGUAAAUAAACAAUGUAAGAUGGGUGGGGACAGAAUAAAUUAACAAACUAUGAUUAAUAUAUUUGGGGUAAUCUUUUGUAAAAAUCAUAAAUAAAAAAAAGCCAAUUUAAUACUAUCCCAACACACAAAAAAAGCUUAUAGAUUCCUAGAUAAAAAGCAAAAUGGUAAAUACUGCAAAUGUCAUUCGCAUAGAACAUUUACAGUCUGAUGCAUGGUUGCCUCCUUUUGCACAGGCCAUCACAUUUGCUGUUUGGUGUGCAAUCUGCGUUACACAAAAAUUCUGCAGGAAUUGCAUCAUGAGCAAAUCUUUGUGUUUUACAAUCUUUGAUGUAAUCUAAUAAUGCUGAUUUCACUCUAUAAUGAUUAAAUUGACUUGCUGAUUGGCUUCUGUUAUAUGUAGCUGCAUCAACUCAGGCUAUGGUCAACUAUGAUUAUGGUGGCAAAAGUGGCAAAUUGACCUGAAAGUGGCCUCCAAUUUCAUAAACAAAAUUCACAUUCUGCCUUCUACCACUGGCAUUCUAUUUUUUGACUAAUUAAAGUCGUAUUUUAUUUAUCCCUUUUCUAUGUAAUAUGCAAAUAAGAACAAAUGCAUGCCUGUAUAGUCAGCUCACAUUAUCAUGUCAUGUACUAUUAUAAAUGCUGCAAACGUCAUAUUAUACAUUUUGCAACCAUGUUACUUAUGAACUGCUUUUUAAUUAGUUUUGGUUUCUAACGCGUUAGCGAUUUUACUAACGUCUCAAUUUGAAAUAGAUUUACGAAUAGUUAAAUUGUACCUUGACUUGCAUUUAUUAGUAAACUUCUGCCAAAGUUUCAUAUAUUUCUUACAUUAAAAUUUUUCUAUUUAUUUAUGCAUAUCUAUUUUUUGAAAUUUUACAAUCAAAUAUAACAAUGAAGAGAUCGAGUUUGCAUAUUCUAAACAAACCAUAGUCAAUUUUAAUAAGGAAAAGCAGUCUAUGAAAAACAUUAAUUGUUAUAAAUAAUAGCUGCUACCUGCAUACAAAAUGAUUAAGUGCCAUAUGCAUUCAAUUAAAUGUUUACACUACAUGCAUUUAUCAUCCUAUAAGCUAACUUUGAUCUGUACUUUAAAAAAGAAAUCAUUGAAUAUGGUUUUGUACAAUGCGAACGUGAAUUUUACUGAAUAAAAAAAAAACA